AUGGCCUAUUCUGACGGAGGUUGUGGUCCAAAUGCGGAGUGGAAAAGUUGCGGAAGUGCUUGCCCCCCAACUUGUGAGUCGCCGAAUCGACUAGGAGUUUGUAUAGCAGUUUGUGUAUCCGGCUGUUUCUGCAAAGAAGGGUACCUUAAAGAAUCCGAUGAUGUAGAGAGCUUUGGCUGUGAGGAACAUGAGCACGGCAGUAUUUGUGGACAUUACAAGGAACCGCAGUGCUACGACUUCGUGAAAAAGCCUAAUUUCAUACAAUGCAUCAAUCGAUUGUAUCCAGGUUGUCGGUGCGACAAAGACUACGUAAGGAAUCCUCAUUCAAAAAAGUGUGUGAAGAAAUCUGAUUGCUUUAUGUCAAGCUUAAGAGGAUGGCGCGAUAACAUUGUUGACUCUAUCACUGAUCAAAUUAUUUAA